UUUGUAUGAACCGGAAGUAAUUAUCGGCUAACAGCAUUUUGUAGUUUGACAAACCGAAGAGGAUCAAACACACGGAUUGUGCCAUAGAAUCGAUAUAAUCGACAAUUUAAAGUCUUGCUGCGAGUUCAGUUCAAUCGGUGUCACGUGUCCGCUUCAUACUUCCGGUAGUUUCCCGGUGGACUCGUAAACAUGUGUGAGGAGCACACAGUGUCUCUAGUGGACGUUCUGGAGGAAGAUGAAGAGCUGGAGGAAGAAGCUUCAGCUGUUUUAGCAGGAAGUGACUCAGAUCAUUGUUCAUACCCUCAGGGUUAUGUGAAGCGUCAGGCUCUGUACUCCUGUAACACUUGUAAACCAAAGGGAGCAGAGGCAGCAGGAGUGUGUUUAGCUUGCUCAUAUAAAUGUCAUGAAGGUCAUGACCUCUUUGAACUCUACACCAAAAGGAACUUUCGUUGUGACUGUGGAAACAGGAAGUUCACUGAUCUGCAGUGUAAACUUUACCCGGAGAAAGACGACGUCAACACUCUGAAUAAAUACAGUCACAACUUUUCUGGCGUUUACUGCACCUGCAGGCGACCUUACCCCGACCCCGACGACCAGGUGGAGGAUGAGAUGAUUCAGUGUGUGCUGUGUGAGGAUUGGCUGCACGGCAGGCACCUGGGCCGUGAAGUUCCAGAAAACACAGAGUCUCAGGAGAUGAUCUGUGAGUCGUGUAUGAAUCAGAACUCGUUCCUCUGGACCUACGCCGAUCACCUAACGGGUGUGGUGAGACAGGUGAAGGAGGAGACAGGAGGACGUUCAAACGCUGAUGUUGCUCCAGAGGAACAGGUCGAUGAUCUCAUCAAGCCCAGCGCUAAGCGCACCCGUGAGGAGGCAGAGCCAAACUGCAGACUAAAGGAACUGCAGGCUGUCAAUCAGAAGAGAGAGAGGUCAGGUGCUGUGUUCUGGCCGUCAGCGUGGCGUUCCACACUGUGCUCCUGCAACACCUGCCAGGAGCGUCUGUCUAGCGCUCAGCUGUCCUUCCUGUUGGACGAGUCGGACACCGUUGUCGCCUAUGAGAGAAAAGGACAGAACAACGAGCAGAAUCAACAAGGUCACGACCCUUUGAUGUCAGCACUUGACAACCUGAACAGAGUUCAGCAGCUCGAGAUCAUCCACGGUACCAAAGGAUACAACGACAUGAAAUCUGAACUCAAGGACUUCCUGCAGAGAUUUGCAGCUGAAGGAAAGGUCGUGACCCCUGAUGACAUCCGUCACUUCUUUGAGCAGCAGCAGAGUCGUAAGAGACGGAGGGUCGAGUCUGCGCCUUUCUACUGACCUUUGACCUUCAAAGACCUGGUGGCUUCAGGUCACCGUCUUUGGAUCAGAUGUUUUUAACGUUUGUUUUUUCUUUACUCAUAAAGAAUAAAAGUCACAAGUCCUCAUUUUUUUA